GAUCACUUUCAUUAAAGUUAAGAGCAAUUAUCCCUCACAUUUUCUCUUUCAAAGAUCUAGACUCUUAAAAUAGAAUUGUCUUUUUGGUUCCAAACAAUCAGUCGAUAACGAGCCCCCUCAGAAAUGAGAUGGUGAACCUAACACUAUACGGUUUGGACCCCAGUCCACCAGUUCGAGCCGUAAAACUAACCCUGGCAGCCCUCAACCUGGCCUACAAAUACAUUAACAUCAGUGUCUUGGACAGGGAUCAACUUUCCGGGGAGUACUUGAGGAAGAAUCCCCAGCACACAGUCCCCACUUUGGAGGAUGAUGGUCACUACCUAUGGGACUCGCAUGCUAUCAACGCCUAUCUAGUGUCCAAGUACGGAAGAACCGACUCUCUCUAUCCAAGGGAUCUCCUCCAAAGAGCUCUGGUGGAUCAGAGGCUGCACUUUGAUUCCGGAGUGGUUUUUGCCAACGGGAUCAGGAGUAUUAUCCAGCCAGUGCUCUUUCUUGGCCGGAAGAUUGUGCCCCAAGAACGACGCGAGGCCAUAUCUGAGAUUUACGAUUUCAUAGAGACCUUCCUUCAGGGGCAGGAUUUCAUGGCUGGCAGUCACUUGACCAUUGCUGACUUCAGUCUCAUAUCAUCUGUUAGUUCACUGCCCGCCUUCGUGUACUUUGAUCCUGUGAAGUAUCCCAAGGUUGAUGCCUGGAUCAGGAAAAUGGAAAAACUCCCAUACUACGAAGAGGCCAAUGGCAAAGGGGCUCGUAUAUUCGCAGCCAGCAUAAAAAAGACUAAGUUUACCUUCGAAAAGUGA